GCUCGGCUCCGCGGCCGCGGUGGCCUCGGAGGUGGCUGCGAUGAUGGCCCCAGAGGCGGCGAACCGGAAUGACACUUACCGGGCAGGUGCGCGUCUGGGCCGAGCGAGGACGGAGGGAGGGGUCGGAAGCAAAUCCCGGCCUCAGCCAGAGCGGAGCUCGGCUGGCUGCGGCUCUCUCCGUGCGCCCGCCGCUUCCUCUGCCGCCGCGCCGCCCGCCAGCCCCGAAGGAGGGGGCGCGCCAGCGGCUCCACCCUCCUUCUCCCGCCCCCUGCACCCCUCCUUCUCCCUGCUUCCCUCUGGGCUACCUGUCAGCUCCAGCAGUGCGGAGGUGGGGAUGGCAACCGCCGAGAUACGCUCCUGAGGGUGGUGCACCAGUUUCAAGCUCCAGGACUCCGGAGUCCAGAUCUGUCCCGGGAGGAGGAAGCACGGUCUCUUCUGAUGAGGUUCCUCCACUUGGAGCCACCUACCAAUCUGCGGUAAAGGGGCUGAAGCUGGAGAUCUGGAGGCGAGAGGGCCGUCUGGGCCGAGCCCACAAAAGCUCAGUCCAGGAAGGAUUCCAAUGGACUGUGGGAGGCGCAGUGUCCCCAGAAAAGGACCACACAGCCCCAGCAAUCUCAACCCUCUGGUUCCAGCCUGCAGGCCUGGCCUAAGCAAUGUUUCAGGCAUUGGUGAAGACCCAUGUGACGGAAUCCAUGUUGAGGUGGGACUGCAGAGACGGGCCCACCAUCUCGUCACACUCCGGUCAGGAUGCUCUUCAGUCAGCUACCCAGUUACUGGCCUUCAGCGGCCACCCCUACCACUCUCCUGCCCGUCCAGUCUGUCCACUUCCAAGUCCCACUCUCAGGGCUGUCUCUCACUCUGACCAUCCUAGGGUCCUCUUCUGCCCAAUGCAUUCUUCUCAGGUCCUAUUAAUUCUACUGAGGAGCGAUGGAAUUACGCAAAACGCUGUUUCCGUGAGGGGGAGGGGAGGGCAGGGCGGUGGCAGAGUGGCUCUUUGUGCUUUUAAUCUGCAUUUUCCCCUCAACAUUCCAUCUCUAGGAGGAUAAUUUUCCAGCCUUUUCAGGCCCUGAUUGGUAUCAUUUCUCCGGCAAUGACAGCUUUUAUUUUCCCCGAAAUGAAUGCCGUGAAAUUUCCAAGAAAUAUAAAAAUGGAUAUUGUCUCAAGGAGCCGACUACUCCAAAGGCAAGGCACAGAGGCAAACAUGCUUCUCCAGGGAUUCCCACAGCAGCCACAGGAAGAUAGGGACCCCAGUCCUCAGUCCUUUUUUUUUUUUUUUUUUUUUUUAGUUUUGUGCUUCCUUCCUCUGGGGUCAGCCCUUGGACUCCCUUCUGGUCAUCAUUCACACAUUCGGCCGCCAUUGAUCCAUUCAUCUGUCUCCCAGCCAGGUUCUUUGGGCCUCCCAAUCUUCCUGUUCUGUUCGACAUCUUAUUCUCCACACUGAGCCCUGAGUGCAGGACCAGGGUCAGCUGAAGUUAGCUUAGAAUUGGGUCCACUGACCUCUAGGUCCUUGUCACCCUGAUGUGUCCUGUGAUUAGGCUGUCCAUAGAAAGGGUCCAAUGACCCACCCCUUCUCUAUCAGGCCUAUCUUGCUCUAUCAGUCUCUGAGGUUCUCAGAGAUCCUCCUUUAGUUGCUAUGUGCUCCCAGAUCUGAUAAGGAUUCGAUUGACAGGACGAGGCCAUGCCUAGCUGAGUCCAGCAGAGCUGCAAACGAGGUUCUAGAAGCCCAACUUGGGAAAAGAAGGCAGGUGGCAGUCAGAGAAGGCACAAGGGGGUGCGAGGGACAGAAGAAGAGAGUUUGGAAGCAGUUCUCUGCCUCCACUCGAGCCAAAGUCAUAUCCCAACUACUCCGUUGAUGGAGUGUCCUUGAUGGAGUGUCAUUGGGUCUGUGUUCUAAGGAAGGAGCCCCUGUAGCUCCAUCUCUGGGGCAGCAGCAUUCAAAGGACUCACGGCUACUGAGCAGGCACUAAGGUGCUGUGUGUCUCACCCUAAACAAGGGCCAUAUCCUAAAGCCAGACCAGCCAAUCCAAGGCCCAGCUCUGGUCAGUGCCAGCUCACCUCUGUACCAUGUGGGAUAGAACCCUGGCCCCAGAAGUGGGACAGCUCUGGGCUCCACCACAGCCUCUCUCUGAUCCAGCCAGUGCCCCCGUCUCCUAGCAGGAGUUGUUGUCUCUAGGCCACAACCAGUUUCCUGCCCUCUGCCUGGCCUCCCUGGGCUUAUCCAUCCAUUAUUCACAGCACAAAAUGGAUUUUUAAUUUGAGAAAUGAAAUGACUCUCCCUAGUGGCUGGUGUGGCAGGAGGGGUGGGGGAGAGAAAGGUUGGCUCUUAGAGAUGACUGCACGUUGCUGGCUAUGGCUUUUCUUGAUAAAAUGAAUGCCCACAGCAAGUGUUGGGGAGGAUGGGGGGCCACAGAUAUGUGUCCCCCCACCCCCCCACCCAUACCCAUGCCUUUACUAAUGCUGUUGCUGUCACUGUUUGAGUUAAGAAUGCCCAUCAGUCCUGUGGUGGCCCCUCAGUGAGGUCUGGGAGUAGCUAGAACCAGCCACCUAGUUGCUUUCUCUUGGCUGAUCUGUCACCUUUCAAAGUUCUGGUCCUCACUGUCUGUUCAUCUGGCUUCCCAGGAUUCGGCCCCUCCAAUAACUCACAGAUCAACCUGGAUUUUUAAAUUGUAUAUUAUUCAUUAGUUAGUUAUUGCAAUAGGGUCUUAUAUGUAGUCCCUGGUCUGGAACCCCUGUGCUCAGGUGAUCCUCCUGCUGCGACCUGUAAGUAGUCAGGAUCACAGUUAGAGUCAUUAAGCAUGCCAGGCUAUGAAAUGGCUUUUCCCCCUUUUCCGAGAUAGGGUUUCUCUGUGUAGCCCUCACUGGCAUGUAACUCACUCUGUAGCCUAGGCUGGCCUCAAACUCAGAGAUCUACCUGCUCCUUCCUUUUAAGUGCUGGGACUAAAGGGUACACCCCCACGCCUGACAUGAAAUGGCUUUUUAAUUUGUGAAAUAAAAUGUCACUCCCUGGUGGCUGGGGUGACAGAGACCAA